AUGAGUACUCAACUGUCCAUUGGUAACGAAUUAAAAGAUUCCUAUAAAGUCACUCACACAUGGGUUCAAACAAAUUUAAAAUGGUUAAAGGAAUUAGAACAAUUUUAUAGAGAGCGAGCUAAACUAGAAAAGGACUACAGUGAGAGAUUGUCAAGACUAACGUCUGAAUAUUUUACUAAGAAGAGCUCUUCUUCUGUACCACUAUCUGUCGGUACUUCACCCACUACGACUCCGGGUUCCCUGGAAGCUGCUGGGGUAGUGGCAUGGAACGAAGUAUUGGCUCAAACUGAAAUGAUCUCAAAGGAUCACAAUAAGUUAUCAAUUGACUUGGACAAUGAAGUGGCCAACCAACUGAGUGGAUUAUAUUCCAAAUUGGAUAUGACUUUAACUCAGAUCAAUGGGUUUAAUGAAGAAGUUACCAAUAAGAGAAAUCAAAUCUACCAAGAUAUGGAGAGGGCUAAGAAGAAUUAUGAUGAUGCAUGCCAAUCGAUGGAGGUAGCUAGGGGUAAGUAUACAAAAACUUCCACUGAUAAGAAUAAGAAAAAAUUAGAUAGUAAAGAAACUGAUAUGAAUGUUGCUAAAAAUGAUUAUUUGAUAAAGGUCAGUCUUGCAAAUAGAGUUAAGGACAAAUACUAUUUCCAGGAUGUUCCUGAAGUGGUAGAUCAAUUACAGGAUUUAAAUGAAGCAAAGACUUUAUUUUUGAAUGAUGUUUGGAAUAAAGCCACUUCAGUGGAAAAGGCUUUUAAUGAUCGUUGUACUAAAAGAUUGGAAACCGUAGACGAAGUUGUCAAGCAAAACAAACCACAUUUGAGCACAGCUAUGUUUAUCAAGCAUAAUCUAAAACAAUGGAAAGAACCUUCAGAUUUCCAAUACAAACCCUCCCCUGUAUGGCAUGAUGAUGAAAAAUUUAUUGUCAAUUCUCCUGUAGAACUUCAAGAUUUAAAAGUCAAAUUAGCUAAGAAUGAACAAGCUUAUUUGAAAUUAGAUGAUUCGACCAAAACUGAACUUACUCAAUUAGGUAAAUUCAAUUCCCAAAAGAAGGAGAUUAAGAGUAAAGAAGAUACAGUGAGUGCGCAAGAGUUUUUUGAUGCGAUGAAGAAUUAUCUUGGUUUAGUAACGCCGUUUACAUCACAUGAGACAGCAAAAUUGCAGGCGCAGGUUACAAUUGAGUGCAUUAAAAACAACGUACCUGCAGAGAUGGAUUUAUCAACAGAUAACAUUGAAAUUUCCAAGACCAAAAGCAAAUCUGGUUUAUUCAGUAAAUUCAAAGAGACACUAUUGAACCCUGAAACUAAGGUUCAAAAGGCUAGACGCCGUCAUAGUCAAAGGUCAUCUAUGUUUGGUUCUUUGAAACGAACAAGUGGUGUCCCAUCCAGCCAUGAUGUAUUUAGUUCCAAUGGUGAUAAUGAUACGGAUGAUGCACCAUCUAUCUAUACUGCAGAGUCAUCUGCUACUCCAGCAACUAAUAAUAUUGCCACUAGAUCGCGAGCAAACACUGGUGCUACUUCAGCCACUACUAAUAAGAAUAAGGUUCUCUAUGCAUACACGAAACAGGAUUCUGAUGAGAUCACAAUAUCCCCACAAGAUAUUAUCACUCUGCUUGCUGCGGACUCAGGAUCUGGUUGGACCAAAAUCAAGAACGAAACCACGGGUGAAUCAGGACUUGUCCCAACCACAUAUAUCAAAAUUGAAGAGAGCAGCCACAGAGGUAAUGCACCUGCAGCUCCACCACCAAGAAGAAGUACUUUACCCACGAGGACAAUGACCGCCAAGUAUCCAUAUGUGGCCCAAGGAGAUGAUGAAAUGUCGAUCAAUGCUGGAGAUACUAUUUCUGUUAUAAGAGGAGAUGAUGGAAGUGGAUGGACAUAUGGGGAAUUGAAUGGGGUGAAGGGGCUAUUCCCUACUAGCUAUUGUAGCUAG